AGUUUGACUAGGGCUCAUGCAAAAACUUGCUUUGGAGUCGUACCGUUGACUGGGUGUCCUUCCAGCACUGCCGCCGCUUUAAACUCGCCCGACCAUCUGAUAUCGAGACGAGACACGCAAGAGGCAGAUAUUGCCGUCUCGGGAAACCUUUCGCACAAUGCACUUCUUCCCCUCGAAGAAGUGGCGGACGCCCUUAAUCCUCUGGGGACUCAUGGUCAUCGAACUAGCUCUGACGAUACCAAUCCUCGCGCUCUUCGGUAUCGCGGCUCCGGAUUUAUAUCGGACGAAGCUAUGGCAGGAGGGAGCCGAUCAAGGCUUCAACAGCGACCCGAAGGCGGGUUUAUAUGCCGCGGCCAACUACAGGUCGUAUAAGACGCCGUUGAUAUGGAGUCAAUUCCUCACGAACUUCAAUCUCGUCGCCUCCGUCCUCGGUCUAUUCCUCCUCCUCACCAAAGGGACGAUGCAUGUCCUCCAUGCAUUCGUCCCGGUUAUCUCCGUUAUCGUCCACAGCGCUUUGGUCGGGGUCUAUGCCUACAGUGUGUACGGUCAGUCGUCCAAAGACCUCUCCGACCCACGUCAUCCGCAGAAAGGCCUGGCAUGGUAUAUCACGAAGGACUGCAAGAUUUCGUCGUACAAUACCCUCAAAGGAUACUAUGCUCAUGAGGUGGGAUAGGGCUGGGCGGAGUCCGAUUGUCGGUGACGACGGAAGCGCAAUGCAUCACAUGGUCCUUCCUGGAACGGGACCUUGCGAGAUGCGAUGAUGAUAAA